UUGCGAAAAAUAAAGGUGAAAAUAUUUUGCAAAGCAAAGAGGGCUUCUUUCUCAUCUCCAUCCGAAAUAUGGCUCAUCUACUGUCACACAUUCUCUUGCUUUUCGUUGUGGUUUCUUUACAUUUUAAUGUCAUAGCUCAAGAAAACGAGCCCAAUAUUAUCCUACCAGGUUCUAUUCUAUAUGCCGGGAAACACCCGAGAUCAUGGCCCUCCCCUUCAGGCCACUUUGAAUUUGGUUUCUAUCGGCAGGGCAGUGGAUAUGCUGCAGGAAUUUGGCUUGUCGGCCGCCCGGAAAACACCACUGUAUGGACUGCAAAUCGGGAUGAUCCGCCGGUCUCCGCUAGUUCUACUUUGGAGUUCACAGCACAAGGCACGUUGCUUUUAAGGACUGAGAACGGUGCACAGAAAAUAAUCGCGAACACUUCCAGCUCGGGGUCUGCUGAUUCAGCUUGUAUGCUGGACAUGGGGAAUUUCGUGCUCUACCAGAGCAGAACUGUUGUUUGGGAGAGCUUUGAUUUCCCGACCGACACAAUCUUAGGAGGCCAGAAUUUAAGAAGUGAUCAUAACCUGUUGAUUCCCAGUGUGUCAAGAUCAAACUACGCCGGUGACCAGAAUUUAAGAAGAGGUCAUAACCAGUUGAUUUCCGGUGUGUCAAGAUCAAACUACGCCGGUGGCCAGAAUUUAAGAGGAGGUGAGCCAAGAUCAAUCUACGCCCGUGGCCAGAAUUUAAGAAGAGAUCAUAACCAGUUGAUUUCCAGCGUGUCAAGAUCAAACCACGCCAGUGGCCAGUUUUUGCUGAGCUUGCAGACUGAUGGUAACCUUGUAGCCUAUGUAAAUAAUUCUGCCGAACUUGAUGCUAGUGACGCAUACUGGUCCACUCGUAGUACUGGCUAUCCUUUCUCUGUGUUAAAUCUCAACACGAGAGGCGUUCUAACAAUGUCUUCAGAAUCAGAUCACUACGGAGAAAGGCUUGUGGCGAAUGGCUCUACAACUGGGAACCAAACGAUGAUCAUCUAUAGAGCAAGCCUUGAUCCUGGCGGAAUUUUCAGACUGUACUCCCAUCAACUUGAAAACAAUACCAUCUCAAACAUUUGGAAGAAUGUGGAUGAUGCAUGUGAUGUUAAUGGUCACUGUGGGUUGAACAGCUACUGCUCCAGCAAGGGUGACGAUUUCGGGUGCUAUUGCUAUCCUGGUUUCACCUUAGAGAACACCAAAAUCCAGAGCUGCUCUCAGAAUUUUACCGUGGAUGGGUGCGAAUCAAGGAAAGAUCUAUUGAUACAGUACAACAUCACUACGUUGGAGAAUAUGGAGUGGGCUGGUGAUCCUUAUUCUGUGAAGCAUAAUUUGGACAAGGAAGAGUGUAAGAAAGCUUGCGAGGAGGAAUGCUCCUGUGGUGGGGUUCUCUAUUCUAUCCCAAACUGCAACAUGUUUAGACUACCGCUCAAAUAUGGUAAAAGACAUGAAAAUAUAAACACUACAGCCUUCAUCAAGGUGAUUAUCCGUUCCCCAUCUGAAAUCAGGCCAACAUUGAUAAACGAAUCAAACCGAAGCCUGAUUUUAACAGUGGGAUUAAGUCUGGGUUCCGUUGCAAGCUUGUCUUUCGUGAUGGCGUUGUGCAGCUUCUUGCUAUACAGGCAUAGAGUCAGAAGUUACGAGAAGCUUUCCGAAAAUACAAGUCAAGUUUUAACCGAGCAGUUUACACUACGAUCAUUUACUUUCAAUGAGCUAGAUGAAGCAACACAUGGCUUCGAUGAUGAGUUAGGUAGAGGCUCGUUCGGACCAGUUUAUAAAGGAAUUUUGCCAGGGGAUGGUAAAAGUAUUGUGGUCAAGAGAUUGCCGAAAGUUAACGAAGGAGAAACGGAUCAUAUUCGAACUGAGAUGAUUGUCAUCGGAAGAACUAACCACAGGAACUUGGUUCGAUUGCUCGGUUUUUGUAUGGAAGGUUCAAGGAAGCUUCUUGUUUAUGAAUACUUGAGCAAUGGCUCACUGGCAGACUUUCUAUUCAACAUGAAUGGACGCCCAGUUUGGAAAGAGAGAGCCAGAAUUGCAUUGGACGUGGCUAAAGGUAUUCUUUAUUUACAUGAAGAGUGUGAGACGUGCAUCAUCCAUUGCAACCUCAAGCCCCACAACAUACUAUUGGAUGAUUCAUUGACUGCAAAGAUCUCGGAUUUCGGAUUGGCAAAGCUAUUGAAGCCUAAUCAUACAAGAAGUACCUCUGGGACCAAAGGGACAGAAUGGUACUCAGCACCCGAACGACAAAGCAGUGCAUCGGUAUCGGAAAAAGUUGAUGUAUACAGUUUUGGAGUGAUACUAUUGGAGAUCAUAUGUUGCAGAAGCAACAUAGAAGUAGAAGUUUGUAGUGCAGACGAGAUACUGCUAUCAACAUGGGUAUACAAUUGCUUUGUUGGGGGAGAGUUGAACAAGCUUGUGGAAGGUGAAGAAGAGGUGGACAUGAGAAUGGUGGAAAGGUUUGUGAAGGUGGGGCUGUGGUGCAUUCAAGAUGAUCCAACUUUGCGUCCACUGAUGAAGAAUGUGACCUUGAUGCUGGAAGGAACAAUGAAUGUACUCAUCCCUCCAUCUCCAUCACUUCCCCAUGUUACUACUUAACUAAUGUUGUUUUUUGGUUUAUAAGAGAAAUUGAAUGAU